AUGGAAGUCGAAUAUGUCGAAGAGGAGUAUUUGGAAGACAUUGAUGACGAAUAUAUCAGCUAUGAAGCAUCAAUCCUCAACGACGGCUGUGAUGAAGGGGAGUGGUUUGAGGAAGAAUAUUUGGACGAAGAAGUUUCAAAAAUCGAUUCUGAAGGCUUGGAGUUGCGAGACUCUUUGCGAACUUGGUUCAUUCGCAAUAAAGUUUCUCGCAAUGCAAGUAAUAAUUUACUUUCGAUACUGCGUAAUGUGUCUUCUCUUUCUGCUUUUUUAUCUCUUCCGCAGGAUGUAAGGACAUUGCUAAAAGCUCCGGUAAACGUUAGCGAACAGAUCGUUGGAGUUCCAGGAGGAGGACAAAUGUGGUACCAAGGAGUAGAAUGUUGUUUGCAGUAUUAUUUCCGUAAUGUGGUUGUAGCAGAGAACAAAUUUGAGCUGAAUCUGUCAACAGACGGAGUUCCUGUGUACAAUUGUAGCCCUAUACAGAUGUGGCCUAUAUUGAUGCAGCUACAUAAUAUUCCGGAUGCUCCCGUUAUGGUUGUAGGAAUAUUUUGUGGCACUAGCAAACCAUCAGAUGCCGAGACUUUCCUAAGGCCAUUGGUGACGGAGCUCAAUAACCUGCAGGACAACAAAAUUAAUAUUAACGGCAAAGAAAUAUCUAUUUCUGUGCGAGUGUUCAUCGCCGACUCUCCAGCACGUGCCUUCAUUAAACAGGUUUGCUAUUACAAUGGCGUUCACGGAUGCAUGAAAUGUAAAGGACUCGGUACAAGCUUAAAAAAACCCAAAAAAGUGAUAUUUGAGGACACUACAGCAGAUUUAAGAACCGACGUAGAAUUCCGGAAUGAGCAAUGUAGCGCAAAUGGGCAUCGGAAAGGCGAAACACCAUUAACCGACCUGAAUAAUUUUGACAUGGUAAAGGAUGUAACUACAAGCGAUAUUUUGCAUCUGGUUCAUGUUGGUAUCGUACAUAAGCUUCUGCUAGGGUGGACCGAAGGUGAUCUUAAGCCCUUCAACAAAUGGUCCAAUGAUGACAUAGCCGAAAUCUCAGAAGAGUUUGUUAGCAUACAAUUGCCCUCAGAAAUUCACAGAAGAUUUAGGUCCCUUGAAUUAUUGCACUUUUGGAAAGCUUCUGAAUUGGCUAGUUUUUUACAUUAUGGAGGAAUAGUAGUUCUACAGGAUUGA